AUCCACUCCUCUCACAUGUCAUGAAGCGAAACGCCUCGGACAAUUUGUCAUGAAUGGAUGCAUGCAUGUGCGCGUUCUGUGACGCAAUGUCCGCGCGAGCCUGGCUCUAAUCGCUACUUUAGCUGGUGUGUGUUGCAGUAAAAGUGUUUGGAAUACGCGCGCGGGUGAAGCCCGCAGAGCAUUGCUGCGCCCGAACUGGAUCAGCGCGAGAGGGGAGAGCGGUGCGUGCGCAUUGGUGAAACGGGGAGAAAGUCGUUUGCCAGUUUGUUACGCACCAUAUGAGCUUCAGAAACCGAGGCAAAUAACGUUUUUUGUUCAUUUCACGGACUCAACGGAUGCCUCUGGACAGUGGAAGCCAGAGUUAGCCUUUUUUGCUCCUUCAAGUACUUUCUUUGGGAUGGGCUAUUUUCAUAACGUCAUUUCAUUCCUCCCUCUGUUGAAAACAUUGUCUCUUUCUUUGAUUCUUUCUCCCACCAUUUCCUAAAUGGAACAGAUUGCAGCACCCCACGCGUUUUCCUGCCUGCAAAGUUUGGUUUCAAACGUGUACACAGUUUGCGCGUUCUCUUUUGCCGGGCGUCCCUUGAUUUAACGGACUCCAAGUGGAAGUCAGAAGUGGCGGCGGUGGAAGUGUUAAUCAUGAUGAGGCUUACCAUGAUUAACUGUGAAAAAUGAUCCACUAACUUGUCGGUGUUUUGCCACAUUUUCAAGUCACGCGCUCCCCUUUCAACAUGAUGUAUUCUCCUCUCUGUCUAACUCAGGAUGAAUUCCAUCCGUUCAUCGAGGCGCUGCUGCCGCACGUGCGUGCCUUCGCCUACACCUGGUUCAACCUGCAGGCCCGCAAGCGCAAAUAUUUCAAAAAGCACGAGAAGCGGAUGACCAAGGAUGAGGAGCGUGCCGUCAAGGACGAGCUCUUGGGUGAGAAGCCCGAGGUCAAACAGAAGUGGGCGUCACGCCUCCUCGCAAAGCUCCGCAAGGACAUCCGGCCGGAGUGUCGGGAGGACUUUGUGCUGUCCAUCACAGGGAAGAAGCCUCCGUGUUGCGUCCUCUCCAACCCAGACCAGAAGGGGAAGAUGAGGCGCAUAGAUUGCCUGCGUCAGGCGGAUAAGGUCUGGCGUCUGGACCUGGUGAUGGUGAUUCUGUUCAAGGGCAUCCCGCUGGAGAGCACGGACGGGGAACGGCUGGUCAAAGGUGGCCAGUGCUCCAAUCCCAUUCUCUGCGUCCAGCCCCAUCACAUCAGCGUGUCCGUCAAAGAGCUGGAUCUCUACCUCGCCUACUUUGUGCAGGAGAGAGAGGCUGAACAGAGCAGCAGUCCUCGUACAGGCAUUGGUUCAGAUCAGGAGGACAGUCGAGCAGGCACCAUGGAUGCCCCAGAGUUUCAAGAGAGCUUCAUAACUUCAGGCGUCUUCAGUGUAACAGAACUGGUGCAAGUAUCAAGAACACCGGUGGUGACGGGCACGGGGCCAAACUUCUCUCUCGGAGAGCUGCAGGGGCAUCUUGCUUAUGACCUGAACCCUUCGGGGGUGGGAAUGAGGAGAACCCUGCCCAGCACCUCCUCUAGUGGAAGUAAAAGACACAAGUCAGGAUCCAUGGAGGACGAUAUAGACACCAGCCCAGGGGGCGAGUACUACACCUCUCCCAACUCCCCCGCCAGCAGUUCACGCAACUGGCCAGAGGAGAUGGAAGGAGGAAUCUCCCCUACAGUUAAGAAGACAGAGAUGGAUAGUCCAUCUCCUCAAGAGAGCUCUCCACGCCUCGGCUUCACACAGCACCACAGACCUGUCAUUGCAGUGCACAGCGGUAUCUCUCGGAGUCCUCAUCCCUCCUCGUCUCUGCACUUCCCUGCUGGUCCCAUUCUCCCCCAGACCGCCUCGACCUACUUCCCACACACGGCCAUCCGGUACCCCCCACACCUCAGCUCUCAAGACCCCCUCAAAGACCUGGUCUCUCUGGCCUGUGACCCAUCCAAUCAGCAACCCAGCCCGGCCCUACAGGUUUGGAACGACAUGAGGUUGAAUGGCAGUGGUCAGGUGAAGGUAUCCAGUCACUACAUCUCCUCUCAGAUGCUGGCCCCCCCACCACCCCCCGGCCUGCCCCGUCUGACGCUGCCCCCAGAGUCCAAAUCCAGCACCACCUCUGCAGACGCAGCUGCCAGCUCACCCACAUCCCCCACAUAUUCUGCUCCCGGGACGCCACCUGCCAACCGCUCCUUCGUAGGAAUUGGUUCUCGAGACCCUGGCAGUCUGUAUCAGGCACAGUCCUGGUAUCUGGGGAACUGAUUCUCACACACACAGACGAACCCGAGGAGGCACAGACAUGGAUUUGAAAAAUCACUUUUUUUGUGGAAUUUACAAGAAAAAAGUUGUGAACGAGAUGCAAGAGGGAAAAUCAGAUAUAUAUGCAGUAUUUGUAUAUAUAUACACACGCACCCACACCCACACACAUAUAUAGAUAUACACAAUAUGUGUGUAUAGAUAUAUGUGCACACAUAUUUAUAUAUGCAUAACAACGUACAGUAUAAGAUGCUUCAAUACACUUUUUUUUUUGUUGAAAAAAGACAAUGGAAAUGGAGAAGGGCGUGAGAAAAUUGCCAUAGAUGGAACGGCAGAAAAGAAGACAGGAGGAUGUUUUUUUCUGGGAGGGCAGCCCAAACUAUGGCGUACAUUGAUGGACUGUGUCGAAAAGGCCCACCCUGACUCCCUGCCUCUUGGAAUGCCUCUCCUCAACCCCCCUCCUUCUGCUACAGGUGCUGCUUCCUCCUAUAUGCAAAAUAAGUAUCCUUUAUUUUCUUAACGAACAGGGGCGAGAAACCUCAAGGAAGGGGUUUUUCCGCUAGCAUUUCGCCACAGGUUUGGAGGUGAGCACGGCCUGUUUUUAUUCUUUUUUUAAGGCAACACGACAUGGAAAAGGAAACAAAAAGAUUGAUGCUUCCGUUCACACAGCAUUGUGGAAAAAGAAACAAAAAGGCUCCUUUUCAUCCAGUUUAUUGACAAUCAUGUUUCUGCGUCCUUGGUUUCAAUUCAGAGGGUGACGUUUUCUAAAUUACAUUCUCCACCGUUUGUAACGGAGUCCACUUUUUGGUGGAAGCCCAUCAUGUUUUUUGUACAUCGGAGGAACAUUAGUGGUACCUCAGUGACAUUAUACAUCACAGUCAGCGUGUAUACACACAUGCGCACACACACACACAAUUACAUGUAAACACACCUAUAUAGAGGCAAUGGCAUGUACUGUUAAAGGCUACACGAGGUGUGUGUGAGCUGUAAUGCAGCCUUCAUAAGAUGAGCCAGGGAAUAGCAGGGGUGAAUUAGCACCUUCCUCUCUUCGCAAUAUGAAAGCCCCUCAUUCCCUGGGCCCGCUGUAAGUGUGUGUGCGCGUGUGCGUCCGUGUGUUUGUGCUCGUCAUAAACAUGGUAGUCCCUUAUUCAUCUCUGUGAGUUCACAGAUUAGGGGGUUUUGAUUCAUGUAGAUACGUGGAUUUUUUCCACAUAGUGACAAAGGGAGUUGAAAUAUAGUUCUGUCAUUACUUAGACAGUAUUGGGUGUAGAGGAUAGAAGUUUUCUCUCUGUGUAACUUGUUUAAAUUUAUUGGAAAUUACAGGCAUUGCACUACUUUGAAUUUUUAAUUUUCCUCUUUUGCAAAUUCCUGUUCGGCCUAAUCAUACGGAAUGCUGCGAAUCUAUUAUUUUUGUCAUUUUCUGAUCUCACGGUAGAUGUGGUUUGGUUUCCCAGAAGCUAAAAGGCUGAUCAGAGCAAUCCUACAUUUUCUAUGUAAAUGUCUCCAUGUUUAUGUGAUUGCUUUUAUACGAUUCCCAUAGUUUAAGAAGAAAACAAAACAGGCUAUCUUUUUCCCCAUGUUUCUAUUUCAAAAAACUAUGACUGUUGUUAUUUUGAAGCAUAUUAUACACUUUAAUCCGUAGGAAUGUCAAUGAUUUGGAUGUUUGACGUGAGACAGGUUGUAAUGCGCAACGAUGACAAUACGAAGAGGUCAGUCAGUGGCUGAGCUCCCAGAGUUCAUUGGGAGCCUUACGACCAGCAUGUCUCUCUGGCUGGUUGCCUCAGAAAUGGGUUGUUCUGCACUCUGAGAUGUGUUGAUUUGUACUAAUGAAAUAACAUCAGGGCUUAAUCUACAACGCUACCGAACCCAAAUCAAGAAGCCAUGAAAAGUGCCUGAGACAUUGCGAGAAUUUCAUUUUAAAAUCUUCCUCUUUUUUUAAAAGACUUGGAUGUUUUGCUUCAUCUACUGUGGGUUGUUGUUGCUGUAGAAGUUCAAGGGGUUGUUUUUAUGCCCAGAGAGAUAUUUUAAAGGGCCUAGCAAGCCCCCAAGCCCCUCAUCAGCUGCAUGGGCUAACGCUUAGCCACAGGAAACCCAGAUGGCUGAACAAAACACACACACACCCUAAUAUUCUGCCGGAACAUGACAAAAUCAACACAUAUCAGAGAUUAACUAGGUACCCUUACAAAUACACACACCAAUAUGAAAUAAUAUCCACACACUCUGGUUGCUUUUGCUAACCUUUUAUAAUGGCUUUGCAAAGACAUUCUGUUGAGUUGACCAUAGACCCAGAAUACAUACAACAUGACUUGUUUUAAUGGUGCUGAUAUGAAAAUUAUAUGGAAAUCUCUAUAUAUGAGUUAUAUAUAACUGUGCAUGGUGCUUUCAAAAGAAAAAUCAUGAGAAUUAAGCUCAAAUGACCACCUUAUCGCUGACAUGGGCGCAUGGCAGAUAAUCUUAGUAUUAGCUCUAAAGCUAAAUGCUCCCCGACUUCUCCUUAAUGACCCCCCUUGAGCAAAGAGCCAAUGACACAGAUGGAUUUUACCUUUGUACCACAUUGGUUUUGACUUUUAUCCUAUGAUCCCUCUUCUACUUUGCACGAUAUUUUAUAAACAUAUUAUGUGCCUUGCCUUUAGUUAAGAACGAUAAUGCGUAAUUUCAAAGGAGGUGAAUUUGUUUUCUUUUUUUUUUUCUUUUUUAUGUAACCAGGUGUCACCAAUGAAAAAAAUGCUGCAUGUUUGAUUGCCUGUCGUAAUCAGAUUAAGACUAACAGGUUACCUGAUAGCUGUAGUUUUGGAUGGGUGAGAGAAGCUUGUUUUUUUUUUUUACCUUCUUCCUCUUUUAAAACCACCGUAGUUGGCAAAUCUUCCUUGCAUUGUUUUGUUACCAUUAUUUCACUCUAUUUUUCAUAUAAUGAGAAAGUAACAAAAUCUGUGAAAGAUGCGGUACCAGCUCUCCCCAUAUCAGCUCUGAGCUGAUCUUUUGAUUCCCUUUCAUGUUAGGCUUGUCUUAAAUUGUUUGGAUUGUAUGUUAUCGUGUAUUUAAAUGAGUUUGUACCCAUUAUGGAUGUGAAGAGGAGAGGCCAGAGAUUAAAACUAGAUGGCCAUCCUCUAUAAACCCAUCAACUAUUUUUGGUUAGUUUUAAAUUCUGCAACUAAGCACUUAGCAAAUUAUUUUGCAAUCAACAAGACUUGACUCCACAGCAUGAUGUUUGCUUUUUUGUCAAAGGGUCAAAUUUACAUUUCAUUAUUUCUGAAAACCUACACAUUGUUAAAGGGAUAGUUCACCACAAAAGGAAGUACACAAAAAUGUAGUCAUUAUUUAUUCGCCCCCGUGUAGUUCCAUGACUUUACACAAACCACAAAACAAGAUAUUUUGAUAGAUAUUUUAGACCCCAUUGACUUUUCAAUUUGCGUAAAAAAUAAAUCAUAAAGGUUUAGAAAAACACGAGGGCGAAUAAUUAAUGACAAAAUGUGAACUGUCCAUUUAACCACUUUUUGUAGUAAUGUUUAAUGAUUUCUGUAAUUAGUGAUUAAGUUGUUUUACCAAUCGAGUCCCUUGUAUAUGUCCAUGUGUUGAUUGUAGAACCCAUUCACAGAGAGUAGCUGAAAUGUAUUUUGUCCAAUUCAACAUACAGACACAAGAACUGCUGACUUUGUGUCUUAGAAAAUGAAUGAAUACACCAGGAUGUUUUUUCUUCUUUUUAUAAAAUUAGAUGGUAGGAGAUAAUUUAUAAUUUGUAGCAUGUAGUGUCAGGGGAGUAUAUUGCGGAGGAGAAGAUAUUGUGUAUUUCUGGAGCUGGGUCGGGAGAGGCUAAGUUGUAGUUUGUGAUGCAGUGAGUGUACAGUAUUGUUUCUGCAAUGGAUAUUGCAACGCUGGUAGCUAAUACGAUUUGCUGGUAGCUAUUUAAAAGUUUCAGUCGAACGAGAAAGAACGAGAGCUUUUGUUUACAUGAUGCCUUUGGUAAGAUCUUGAUCGUGGAUGAUUUGUUGAGUCUGCCGUUGUCCACCCUGGCCAAAUCGGAGUGCUGAAGCCAAACGGCAUUCCAUCUUUACCAUGAUCCAAACUUUUGCAGAAGUGCUAGCUUCAUCAAGCAAGCAAUUUUUCUUGUGUUUAACAGGACAGGCGAUGGGACAGGGGUCUGCCUCGAAGCGUGGGGUGCUGUUUUUUGUUUAUUCCAAACCCGUAUUGAAGCAAAAUUGGCAAACUUCUUCGUUUUAAAUGAGCUGAAGCGCUCACGGCGUCUCUCCGGUACAGACUCGCAUGGCCCGCCGCCUGUCCCGUGAAGAUUUGCACUGCUCCAUUUUCAUCUUUUUAAAGCUGUCAACCCUUUGGCCAGGGUGCAAUGAGCUGGGCUCAGUAUAAACAGGGGUCUGAAGGUGGUUUCGCCAGCACUCUGCGUGCAUGAGUCUUCUUCGUUUGCUUUUUGUAUUGGCUAACAUUGGCUACACACGGCCGAGAGAUCGAAACACUUCAAGAGCAGGUUGUUACCCCAGUGUGUGCUUUUUAAAGUGGCCACAGGUGAUGAUUGAACUUGCUAUGACGUGAAUAAUGCAUUCGAGCUGAUGCAUUUAGAAAAAAACAUUAUCUUAAUGUUUGAUUUCGAAACCCUUUUUAUAGAGCAAUGAUUAUCAUUUUUAUGCUUGUUGAAAUGUUACAUUUUGAACACAGUUAUCUUGUGUAUAAUGCUUACCAUAUUUCCGGUAGAAUGAGGCGAAAUGUAUAUUAAAAAUGUCUUUUUCUAAGAGAAAAUGUUUUUUUGUUUGUUCGUUUAGGUUUAUUAGUCAUAAGCUUGUGGUCAAGCCACACAAAAAAUUUGAAAGCUCCUUCUAAAGGAUCUGCUGUUGAGAAUAUAAUGUCAGCGCCAUAAGCACACACCUUUCACAGUUAUCAAGUGUUAUUUUGAUCACAACUUUAGUAAAUUCAGCAUCACUUGUCGUCAUUUUAAACCGAGCCAACAGCUUCACCGAGCUUUGAGAAGUUUAUCCUGGUUCCAUUGCCUUUUUUUGUUGUUGUUAUACUCAAGACUUAUUUUAAACCUCUGCACUUAUUUUUUCUCUUCUGCCAUGCAAGCUUCAAGAUCUUUAAACACAUUUUACUGUACUUCUACUUGGAAUAUUGCACUAGAUUUUCUGGUUUUAAUAAUAAUACUUCUUUUUAAGGUUUGUUUCUCUAGGAAUAUUUCUCAGCUUUGAUAACGUGCCGUGAUGAAGAUAGAGAGAUAGAGCUGCUUGAAUGGCACCCUUUUAUUUAGCUGUUGUCAUUUAUGUGAAAAAUUUACCCUUUUAAGAUGAUGAAAUUUACCCUUUUAAGAUGCUACAACAAUCAUUUUUGAAAUCAGUACUUUGUGUUUUUACAUUAAACAUCUAAACAUCCGUAACAAAAUACAUUUACAUAAGAAUCAAGCAAAUAUUAAGAGAAAAUAUCUUGAAUUAAGUGAAUUUGUCUUGCCCACUUGUAUUCAUGCAUUAAAUUGGAAAAAAAAAA